CCUGUUGAUAGCUGUCCUAAUCCCUCUUCCCAUGUGAUCCACCACCACGCCAUCCAUCCAUCCUUCAAUUCUUUCUUUUCUUAAAUAUUUCCCACCAAAAAUACUUACAUAUAUAUAUACAUAUUGAUCUUUAUUUAGAUAGAUACUCUCAAGUGUCGUCCACAUCUACAUUUAUAGACGUAAUAAGUUUUUGCAGACAACACACGAGUAUUACACUAGUUUGUUUACUUUUGGAAAUUAGGUGUGAUCGAUCCAAUAUGGCUCAGUUACCGCCAAAAGUGCCAUCAAUGGCGCAGAACUGGCCAUCGUUUUCUAAUUACCAAAUGCCGUCUUCUGCGGCGCAACCGCCUAAUUGGGUAGACGACUUUCUAGAUUUCUCCUCCGUGAGGAGGAAUUCUCACAGACGAUCCGUCAGCGAUCCAAUUGCCUUCAUCGAGUCGCCUUUUAUUGACGAAUGCCGCAAUUCUGGUGGCGGUAACACGUUGAUUUCUUCUACUAACAAUAUUGGAUUUGAUCGUCUCGAUGAUGAGCAGUUUAGCUCAAUGUUCCCUGACGACGUAGCAACGACGACGGCGAAUCCACCGUCCACGACGACUAGAUCCUCGUCGUCUAAUCCAUCCACACCGUCGUCAGAUCAAAAUAAUGAUGAUCAGUUGAUCAAACCAACUGAUCAACAACAGCCGCAGCAGCCAAAGAAUGAGCCAGCUGAGGUUGAAGAUGACAUAAGUACAGGACAAUUAGCUGAUCAGAAUCAUGAGACCGAAGCCGGUAAACCGUGCUUUAAUUUCUCUAGUGAAGCCAACACCAUUGUUGAUCCAAAGAGAGUCAAAAGAAUCUUAGCAAAUCGUCAAUCGGCUCAGAGAUCACGAGUGAGAAAGUUGCAGUACAUUUCUGAACUCGAACGCAGUGUUACUUCAUUACAGACGGAAGUGUCAGCAUUAUCACCACGAGUAGCAUUUUUGGACCAUCAAAGGUUGGUUUUAAACGUAGACAACAGCGCCUUAAAGCAACGUAUAGCGGCUUUGGCUCAAGACAAGAUUUUCAAAGAUGCUCAUCAAGAAGCAUUGAAGAACGAAAUAGAAAGGCUAAGGAAAGUGUAUCAUGAACAAACAUUACAAAAGACCGCUAACAACGACGACGACAACAACAACAACGAGGAUAAAAUGAUCCGCGGUGGAAACGAUUGUUCCGCCGCCGUAAAUAGGGGUGGUGCGGAAGGAGAUGGAUUAAGGAUGUGCUAAAUUGCGCCCAUGCAUGCACGUGAUAUGUUUCUCCGCUUUUAGUGGUGUGUGAGUGGUCCCCCAUGAUUGGCAUGUGAUCCUUUUUAAUUUUAACAUGGCUUCUACAGCACUUCUUUUUCUUGUUUUGUUUUUUCGUCAUUUAUUUAUUUUAGUCCUCCUUUUCUAUUAAUUUUUUUUUUUUUUUUAGAUUCUUUUUCCCAAAAACAGGGUGUGGGGGUGUCUGGAUAUUAGGUGUAGGGUCGUUUUGUAAUGGUGUUGUUUCUUUAUUUAUAUAUAUUUUGUAAAUUUUUUUUUUUUUAAUUUAUGUAUCUUAUGUUGGGCCUAAAUGGGCCAUUAGUGUAUUGUAAUUGUAUGAUAUCUAAAUUUAACAAUUUGUUAAAA